GUUAAAAAAGGAGGUCUGGCUUCAGGAGUAAGAUAAAUUCUCUAGAUGUUGUCCUUGUGAAGAGAGAGAGAAGACAUAGUAUGGUGAAGCCAUUUGCCAUUUUUUGCCUGUAAAAUUCAAAACCAAGGAGAGCAGCGUACUGGUCUUGACGUGGUCUCCUACAGAGUCCCUGUGCCCCUUCUGGAAAGGGCAGUAUCUGCUUAGGAGCUGACCAGAAUGAUGAUCAAGGAGAGUUCUCUGCGGAGGGACCCAGACUUGGGAGGGGAGCUAGCUUUCCUUGCGAAGGGCUGUGAUUUUGUUCUUCCGUCUCGAUUCAAGAGGAGGCUGAAGUCAUUCCAGCAGGCCCAGGUUCAAAGUAAACAAGAGAAGAAACCUGGGACUUCAUCCCCAGUCCCUUUGAAGUCUGCAGUUAGCCCUUGCACUCUUCUGCCUGUGAAUAAAGCCACCAGCAGUACUCCUUUGUCCAUAAACAUUCCACGUUUCUACUUCCCUAAAGGACUUCCAAAUGUCUGCGCUAAUCAUGAAGAAAUCAUUGCCAGGAUUGAAGAAGCCUUCACAGAAUUUGAAGAUGAGAAAGCAAACAUCUGUGAAAUGGGGAAAAUUGCUAAGAUAUGUGGCUGCCCACUCUACUGGAAAGCACCGAUGUUCAAUGCAUCAGGAGGAGAAAGGACAGGAUGUGUAUCUGUACACUCAUUUGUAUCUAUGUGGAGAAAAAUCCUCUGUAACUGCCAUGAUGAUGCGUCCAGAUUCACAUACCUUUUAGCGAAGCCUAGCUGUGACUACCUACAACAUGAGGACUUCAUCCCACUGCUUCAGGAUGUGGUGGAAACGCAUCCUGGUCUGACGUUCCUGAAGGAUGCUCCGGAGUUCCAUUCCCGGUAUAUUACGACGGUUAUACAGAGAAUAUUCUACACAGUCAAUCGAUCCUGGUCUGGGAAGAUCACUCUAACAGAGCUGAGGAAAAGCAACUUCUUGCAAACUCUUGCUCUCUUGGAAGAAGAGGAUGACAUAAAUCAGAUCACAGAUUAUUUCUCUUAUGAGCACUUCUAUGUUAUAUACUGUAAAUUCUGGGAGCUGGACACUGACCAUGAUCUUUACAUCAGCCAGAAGGAUCUGGCUAGGUACAGUGAUCAAGCAUUAUCAAACAGGAUUAUCGAGCGAAUAUUCAGCGGCGCUGUGGUGAGAGGCAAUGAAGUUCAAAAGGAAGGCCGCAUGAGUUAUGCCGAUUUUGUGUGGCUCCUGAUUUCGGAGGAAGACAAAAGGAGUGCUACAAGCAUUGAGUACUGGUUUCGAUGCAUGGACCUGGAUGGGGAUGGAGUGCUCUCCAUGUAUGAACUGGAGUACUUCUAUGAGGAGCAGUGUGAGCGGAUGGAAGUGAUGGGCAUAGAACCACUGCCAUUUCAUGACUUGCUGUGUCAGAUGCUUGAUCUCGUUAAGCCAGAGAGGGAAGGAAGAGUAACCCUGCGAGACCUGAAGAGGUGCAGAAUGGCUCACGUAUUCUACAACACCUUCUUUAAUUUAGAGAAAUAUCUGGACAAUGAACAGAGGGAUCCCUUUGCAGUGCAAAAGGACACUGAAAAUGAUGGCCCUGAACCCUCUGACUGGGACAGAUAUGCUGCUGAAGAGUACGAGAUUCUUGUGGCCGAGGAGUCUGGGAAUGAACAGUUACAAGAAGGAUCAUUUGAAGACGACUAUGACACGGAUGAAGUCUUAUCUCCCCCUGAAACCGGAGGCAAGUCAGACAAACUAGUUAUCUCUGAUCUCUCAGCAUAGAGGAGCAGAAGACGUUUAAUCAGUAUCUUUCAAACUGGAUAGCUUUCAGUUCCAAGACACUUAGGGAUUUUUCUUAAGUCCAUCAUUGGAGCGAUGUGUUUUAUUUUGUACACUGUAACUUGAGAACCCUUUCUCUCUCCCUGUGUAAUUGCAAUAAGGUAAUUUCUAUAAAAAGGCUUUUUACAAUGUGUUAUCGUGCACGCUCAUUAAAAAGUGGUGAUU